UUCUAAAUUUUUCUGCAAAUUACUACCACUUUAUUGGUAAGGAGGCAUUUUCAGCAGAUUUAUCAUUGUUCCUUUUUAACAAUCUGUGGUAAUAGCAGAUUUGUCUUCAAAGAAACCAAUGCAAAAUUUGCUAGUUGUUGAAGUAUAGAAAUUCGCAAAAUGAAUCCCUUAAGAGGAAAUUUUGGACAAGGGCUUCUUGGGAAUUCUCCAGCUUCCUCAAACUUCUCUAUCCAUGACCAGAACAGAUUCCUAGGGGGAGAUGGAUCAUUUUUUGGUAACCAGGAAAGUUACAUUGGAGAUGGAGGGGGAUACGCCAGAGAUCAAGGGGGAUACGCCAGAGAUUUGGGAGACAGUGGAGGAAGAAUGGGAGAUGGAAAUAGUGGGGCUUAUUUUGGAGAUACAGACUUGAGAGGGACUUCUUUUAGAGAGCAGGUUAAUGGCAGUGGUCGAUAUGGGGAUCAGGGCAUGGACUUAAAUCGAGGCAACAGAAGCUUAAGUGGAGACCAUGAUUACAGGAAUGAAGAGGACAUUUACUCUGUGAGGAAUUCCAUGCAGGGAGGGAGGCAGGAUAGGUUGUCAGGGGGAGGCAGCUUUGGUGAUGACCGGGGGAGAGGGCAAGACCAAUUUAACAGGCUUGGAAUGGGAGGAUUAGGUCAAGGUGCUAGGACAAAAACACAAGGCAUUCUGGGAUCAGGACCAAUCGUAGGUGGGGAUACUGAUCUUAGAAUUCAAGGUGGGUUUGGUGGGAUGGGAAACCAGGCCAGAGGUGGGAAUGUGCAAGGUGUUGGCAAUCUUGGCUUUAGUCCCCCCAGUAUGGGAGGUCAAGGUAUGCAGCAACAGAGUGGUGGACUGGGCCUUCCGUUGGCUGGCAUGGAAACCAACUUACUGAAUCUACAGAUCCAGCAGAAGCAGCAGGAGGCUGUACUCAGAGAUACACAGCUACAGAUGGUGAACAAUCUACUGCUACAGCAUCAGAAUAAAAGAGGAAAUCAAAUGAAUCCUGGAUUUGGAGGACCAAGCCUUUUGGGAACACCCCAGAAUUUACAGUCAGGAUUAAUGGGAAGUCCAGGGGGUAAACCAAGAAACACUGGCCACAUUCCUUCACUGCUUGACAUCAAUACAAAGAAACCACAGGGAAAGAGAGGGUUCUCAGGGCCAAGGGACCAAGGAGGGUUUAAAAAACAAAGAAUGACACCACCACAGAAGCGUACUCCAGACAGAAGAAAUGACAACAGUUCAAAUCGGGGUCCACGGAGACGUUCUCAGGAGAGACCAAGAUCUUCCGAGGGUACAGACUCUCGCUCUACUCCUCGCAGGAAGGAGUCAGAUGGAGCUCCUGGAAUCCUUGGAAAAUGUCCGGCUGCACCAGGGGUAAAACCACUAAACACCAGUAUGACAAAAAUACAUGGUACUCCAGAGGUUAAACAACUGAGCACACAUAUAGCUACUCCACAGGAGACUGCUGAGUUAAAUCCGCAAGUCUCACCUGUAGUCAAGCCAAAACAGACUGGCCUAGCAGAGAAAUAUGACCCCGAAGAACCAACAGAGGAUGAGGUGAUGGAUUUUGAGGAAGAUAAAGAUGUCAUCACAGUUUUGGACCUUACUGAGGAGGAACAGCCCCUCCCAGCAGGGUCUGAGGACAUUGAGGAUGUUACCAUAGUAACUGUGGAGAAAAACCAGGAGGAGCAUGAGGACAAACCUAAAGAGAAAAGUAGCUCCAAUAAGAAGUUAACUAAUUUCUACUGCCAUGUCUGCAGCACAGAGUGUCGAGAUGCAGAGGGAUUUGCUAAACAUAUGAAUGGCAUUAAACACAAAAAUCGCAUGGAUGCCAUGAUGGGCCUUCACCUGGAGAAAUCUAAUCAGCUGAUUUCUCGUAUCAAGGCUGAGGAGCACCUCAGAAAAAUAGAGUCUUCUCCAAGGGGGGAAGAGAGGAGAAGUGAUGGUGAAAGAAGACGCUCGCGGGAUGGACAUGAUAAACAUUCUGGGAAUUAUUUCAAGCGUCCAUUCUCUGGACCUCUACAUCGAAGAGGUGCAUUUCAUCAGAGUGAUAGUCGCAGUAGAAGAGACAGACAUCGAUCAUCAGACCAGGAAUUCUUCCCAGACAUUGGCGACCUCGUUACCCUGGAUACCGUGGGGUUUGAGGAUGAAAAUAUGGACAGAGAAUUAACAGAGACCAAAUCACCUGAAAAGACCAAUAGUUCAGAGAAGUCCACUGAUGAUUCUGAAAAGAAGGAGAUGGAAAGUUUAACUAACAAAGAUGGAGAUCUGUCUGUGAAUCAGAAAGGUCUGAGCAGCAAGAAAUCAGAUAGUUCUUCCUCAGAGAACAAAAGAAGUUCUCAAGCUGAUUCAAAGGCAACAAAAUCAGACGGAGGCAAACUCACCAAAAAAGAAGAAUCAUCCAAAGAAAUUGAUAGCAAGAAAAAGCCAGCUACCACUCCAGCCAGGAAAGCAACUGAAGUAGAGAAGAAAACACCUGAAGGAAUGGAAGGCAUAACAUCAAAAGAAGGACCUUCUAAAGGUGCAGCUAGCAAAACAGAAGAUGAAAAGGAAAAAACAAACAAAAGCACAGAAUUCAGAAUUCCAAAACUGUCUUCUGCCAGGAAAACAGUGGAUGGAAAGGAAAAAGGAUCUGGUGGCAUGGAAUUCAAAAUUCCAAAACUUUCCUCGACCAGUCCAGCCAGAAAGAUGGCAGAAGUAGAGCAACAUCCAGCAGAAGCUAAAGGAGACAAAACUCCCGUCUCUGAUAACCUUGCGACCAAGCAGAAGAGAGACACCUCUGUUCAAAAAGUGGAGGAUUCAACAAGUACCCCUUCAAGUUCAUCAGUCAAAGAGGUUAAGGAGGUACCUCAACAGACCUCAGGGAAAACUCCCUCGCUACAGGCCAAGCCAGAUCCCCCUGUGACAAAAGAGCCAGCUUCUGAGAUUCCUCCUUACAGCUCUGAUGUUCCUAUUGGUCAAAAUUAUAUAGUUCCUGUGACUGGAUUUUACUGCAAGCUUUGUAGUAAAUUUUAUAACAAUGAAAAGGCAGCUAAGGAGGCCCAUUGUCAAACCAGGGCCCACUACGAUAAAUACAAGAGUGCCAUGAUAGGGCUGAAGACACCUGUAGGUGGGAUUACCAAAAGUGCAGAAAAAGGUGAGGACCACUCAGCUCCCUCGAUUGACAAGAAGGAUGAAUCUAAAUCCGGUGUAGAGAGUCCACAGACUGACCCCGAGGGAAGUACAAGAGGAAGAGCUGGAUCCCAUGCCAACAGAGGCCGCAGGGGCAGGAAGUGAUGUCAUCAGUUCAGGCCAUAUCUUGUCAACUGUACCAUUCAGUUUUGCAUCCGUUUUGUAGACCAGUAUGAGAUUUUGUGCCGUUUUUUUAAGGAAAGCAAUUCUUUUAAGAGAAAGAACUUGUUAUUGUAUGCUUUCUCUCUUUAGAGAGUACUGAUUAACAAUAAAAAUGAGAAGUCUUCACUUGAUAUGAGAGAAAGAUAUCUGUAUUUUAUUUGACAGCAAGUUUAGUAUUAUGUAUAUAUUAACAUUUUGUAUAUACAUUUUGUUUAAUGGCAGCAUUUUUUAAAUGAGGACUGGAUUUUUUUUUUCUAUUUCCUGUCAAUGCCUUUCAUGUUUCUACUAGACAUAUUUCAUUCUUUUUGAACAUGUACACUUUUUCAUGCUAAAACUAUUGUUAAUAUAAUGUGGUCCACAAUUUUUUUUUUAAAUGUCAUAUUGAGGUUGAAUAGGCUUUCCAUUGCAGUUUGUUUUAAAUAUGAAAGGUUUUGUAAUUUUUGAUUUCCAAUCUGAUUGCAGAGUUUUCGUGAUAUAGUAUUGAUUCACAGAUUGAGAGUCUUGAAAAUCACAUAUUGGUACUUUCAGAAUGAUAAUAGAUGUUACCAUUGUUACCAUUCAGUUGAUGGUUUCAAUGAACAAUUUAUAUGCAAGUGAAAUGAAUACAACUAAUUGAUAAAUUAAACUCAAGAAUAUAAGUGUUAGUCCAUAGUCUGAUUUGUUUGGUUGUUCUUCAAAGUUUCUGUUAGUUGAUGUGUUACUUUUACACUUUUUUAUGACGUAUUACAUGUACUACUAAUAAUAUUAACUGCUGGUUGUAAGUGAGGAGUUUGGAGUACAAUGCUGGAAGACAAUUCUUUAAAAAGAUUUUGUGGUAUGACUUGAGAAAAUUGUUAUAGUCUCUUAUUCACAUGACUAAUAAAAUAAAUCAAACUUCUUUC